AUGAUUACGAAAGCGGUGAUCAUGGUGGGCGGUGGUUCCCGUGGGACGCGGUUCAGACCGCUUGCUCUAGACCAGGCCAAGAUCAUGUUCCCAAUCGCAGGAAAACCUCUUUUGGCACACACAAUUGAUGCCAUAUUAACAGUUCCUACCAUCAACGAGAUUAUUUUGAUCGGCUUCUAUGAUCCGGGAGUAUUUACAGAGUUCAUUCUGGACUUCAACACGAAAAUGAAAUAUCAAAGUAGAGACUGUUAUCUGAAGUACCUAAAGGAAUUCAAAGCUCUGGGAACAGCAGGAGGGCUCUAUCAUUUCCGGGAGGAAAUCCUAAGAGGCAAUCCGGAUGGAUUUCUAGUUGUUCACGGAGACAUCAUCUGUUCCUUUCCAUUCAUUGAAAUGAUUGAGGCUUACGAAAAGAAAGCUGCAGAGAAAGGGGGAAUUGAAGCUAUGCUGUUUGGAGUCAAGCUUACGAACUACGACCUUUUUAUGGCUCUCAGUGGCUCGGAACAGUCUUCGUUUGGAACUAUCGUUUCUGAAGACAACGGAAAAGUUAUCCACUACGUUGAGAAGCCAGAGUCCAAAAUUUCAGAUAUUAUCAAUGGUGGUAUUUACAUCUUCAAUGAAUCGCUUUUCCGAAGGCUGUCCAAUGCCAAGAUUAGUAAGAUUACAAUUGCAAACGACAACACGACUUUUGAAACAGUGGAUGAGGACGUGAUCUCAAUGGAGAAAGAUGUGCUGCAUUUUCUACCAGAUAGCGGUAAGACUUUUGUCUAUGAGUACAAAGGCUUCUGGAGAGCCAUCAAGACACCUUCCGACGCAUUAUGGGCCAAUGAACUCUACUUGGAUAAAGUUUUUCAGACCAAAACGGGUCAGAGUAGCGUGAUUCACAGGGCAUCGAUCAAUAUCGAGCCUCCGGUGUUUAUCCACCCUUCUGCAACCAUCCAUUUCCAGAAUGGAACUAAAAUCGGACCAUACGUGUCGAUCGGGGCAAAUGUGACCAUAGGCGCUGGUACAAGAAUCUACAAUUCCAUUAUUUUGGACAACUGUGAGAUCGGACAAAACUCGUUUGUGCGCAAUAGCAUAUUGUCUCAUGAUUGCAAGAUUGGCAACUGGGCUCGAAUCGAAGGAACAGGUGUGAAUCUUGUUUCGAUCAACGAGAUUGUGAAGAAGAAUGGCCCCACAAAAAUCAAGAAAGUGCUAGAUGCAGAAAGCAGCCGCGUCAUUGGCAUCAAAGAUUCAGGCAACAUUUGUAUCCUCGGGUCUGGAACGCAUAUCGGUGACGACCUUUACGUGCUAAACAGUUUCAUUUUGCCUAGCAAGUCGAUCAAGGAUGACGUAAAAUAUGAGAUCAUCAUGUAA